AACGAAUGAGGUGAGAGAAGAACCAGUGGAUUCUCAUGAAUAUGCAUGGAAUCACUAAAUAUCGAGAAACAACGACGACAACAUUCGACUCUUUCCGUUCCUGUUGGUACUCACAACCUCUUCACCACCGUUGUGUUCACUACCUGCGGAGCCAAGCAAAACCUUCGAUACCCAAUCACAGAUAUGGCCGUGCAAGUAAUUUCAAUCUUCUUCUGUUCGCUCCCCAGUCUUUCUUGCACAGUUCCAAGAAGAGGGCCCAGCGAAACUGUUUUACUCUUUUGAGAGCAAGUCGUAGAGAGUCCCCAUACGAAGUGUUGGGCGUCUCGCCUACUGCAACGCCUGAAGAGAUCAAGAGAGCUUACAGAAAGCUUGCUCUCAGGUUCCAUCCUGAUGUUAACAAGGAGGCAAAUGCUCAGGAGAAAUUUAUGAUGAUAAAACAUGCGUACAAUACAUUAUUGACCUCAGGAUCUUGGCAGAGAUAUGACUUUGGAAAUAGUGGAUCCGGUUAUUCCAACUCAGUUCAAAUAAAUCAAGAUGAGGAGGAGUUCUAUGGUUUUGGUAAUUUUUUGAGGGAUGUUCAAAUAACAAUAGGGGACUUCUUUAGAGACCUCCAAGUAGAAUUCCGUAACUGGGAAGCUAAUGUUGGUUCACAAGGGAAGCCAAAGAGCUUAUGGGAGGAGUUGGCAGACAUUGGCGAAGAAUUUAUGGAAUUUCUAGAGAAUGAGCUGAACAUCACAGAUCCCAAUGUUGAAGCUGGAAACAAUGAAACGCCUCCCAGUGGUAUCCCAUAUUCAAAAUCUGGGUCAGAUAGUAAGGGAGAUGACCAAAGCAGAGCAGGCAACAAGAAUAGCAUUGAAAACCAUAUCUUUGAGAUUGAAGCCACUCUUGCUCAGUUGAAAAAAGAGUUGGGGCUCUAAGGAAAUGUGGUCUCCUCUAGAUUCACUGGUGAAAAUGGCAAAAGAGCUCACGUGCAGAACCAGCUUCUGCAGCAUGUUGGAGCA